AUGGCUCUUGAGAGCAAACAAGCAGAGGGAUAUAUUCAAGAGCCAGUAUCUCAGCGUGUCUUGUCUACGCGUGAGAAAAUCAUUGUGCUUGAAGGUUCAAAGCUGCAUGGCUGUCGUUUCCCGCCCUGGUCACCGCUAGUGCCAGCUUCAGAAUUCAAAGAUUCUUUCCAAGACGAUACCAAUUUCCAGCUAUCGCAAGCCCAGUACAAGGAGCUCAAUAGUUGGCGAAGAUGUUCAGACAUCUUUGAUGUGGCGGGCAAAAUUAUGUCGGCUUCCAAUGGGCAAGCAGAUUCGAGUUGUCAAGACUUAGUGCAAGACAUGACCACAGAUUGCUCCGUCGUUGCGAGCUUAUGUGCAAUCACAAACCGCACUGAACGGGGAUUCACCAAUCUUUUUGCAGGUAUCUUCCAUCCCUGGAACCCAGCGAAAUCUUCACCAGGUACGUCUUCGAAUGGAAAGUACAUUUUUCGUCUCUAUUUCAACGGUGCCAACAGGAAGGUUGUCAUCGACGACAGGCUACCUGUGUCCAAGACAGAAAGGAAUUUCUUCGUCACUGAUCGUAAUUGUAAAAGCUUGCUUUGGCCAGCCUUAAUCGAAAAGGCAUACUUAAAGAUGAGGGGAGGCUAUGAUUUUCCUGGGAGUAAUUCAGGAACUGACCUUUGGAUCAUCAGUAGUUGGAUUCCAGAACAGCUAUUUCUUCAAAGGCUUCUCAAAGCCUUCCACUAUGGGGAUGUUCUUAUCACGACAGGAACAGGCAAAAUAUCCGAGACAGAGGAAAACGUUCUUGGUUUGAUUGGGGAGCACGAUUAUACUGUCUUGGGUCUCAAAGAACAGCAUGGACGGAAGCUUUUCUUGAUCAAAAAUCCAUGGUCUCGAGGUAUGAGUUGGAAAGGAGAUGAUCACACUCUUGGAGGACUUUCGGAAAAUCUCCACCAUCUUGGACUUGGCGCAUCCAUGACGAAGGACCACCCUGAGCAUUGUCUGACUCCCGGUACGUUUUGGAUGACUUUGGACCAUGUAUUCGAAAACUUUGAGUCGCUCUAUCUCAAUUGGAAUCCGGGCUUGUUUAGGUACCGAACCGAUUUGCAUCUAUACUGGGAUCUGACUAAUAUCCAGAAAUCGGGCGGCAAUAUCCGUACAAAUCCACAGUAUAUCGUUAAUUCACCGUCUGGUGGGCUUGUCUGGCUUCUAUUGAGUAGACAUUUCAUCUCUCGUUUGCCAGCUGGCCAAGGUCACGGAGGCCCCAGCACUAGAGAUGCUUCUGAGGGAUUCAUCAGUCUCUAUGCUUUCAAAGACAAUUCAUAUCGAGUCAUCAUUGAUGAGGGUGCCUCCGCAACGAGUGACUACGUUGAUUCGCCAAACACAUUACUGAAAUUAGACAUGGCACCAGGCUCAUCAUACGCCAUUGUCUUAGCGGAGCAAUCUCUCCCCAGAACUCGACUCGCCUUUACAAUAUCCUGUUUUUCACUGUCUCCUACAAGCAUUGAGCAAGCGAAGGAUCUUCACGCCCACAAGCAUGUUUUUCAUGGAAGGUGGACCAAAUCAUCAGCUGGGGGCAAUGCCAGUGGUCCCGCGUACCAUUCUAAUCCUCAGUAUCGCAUCCAACUCAUGACAAGUUCUGACCUUGUUUUAUCACUCGAGAGUAUCUUCGAUGCUUAUCUUGUUCACGUAGCCCUUAUUCUGACCAGUGACAAAUAUCUUCGCACAGUGGCUUCGCGAGACAUCAUCGGCAACAGUGGUGCCUAUAGAAAAGGGUUUGCGGUCGCAGAGAUUGAAGAGGUUCCCGCAGGGUCGUACAUAAUUGUUUGUUCGACGUUUGAGCGGGGUCAAUUGGGUGAUCUCAAUCUUCACGUCUCGUCAACAGCAUAUUGUGACGUAAAGCGUGUCCCCAUCUUCGGAGCCGGACGGUUCGAAGCAGCUAUGAAGACAGCGUCAUUCGCCCCGGAGAUAGAUCGCUUAGUCUUACCGAUACUGACGCAUCGCAUCAACUGUAUCUCGGUCACCGCAUCGUCAAAGACCAGCGACCGGUCUUCUAUGCGUCCAGAACUAGGGUCGCCUCUAAGGGUCGCAAUUGCAUCCGGAAGGGGAUCGUCAAUGCAAACAAUUGCGGCGAGCUCUAACGGUGAUUUCACCGAUACAAGCCAUGGAGGAGCUUACGUGCAGGACGUCACCAUGCAGGUAACAGAAUGCAACAGUCCCGGUGUGUUCAUUGUGCUUGAGCGUCUGGGUACGUCGGGCUCAAGUCAAAGUGAGGCGGUCGAUAUCCUUAUCCAAAGUGAUGAGUUGCUACAACUUGGUCAGUGGAUCGGUGAGGAGGCUAAGGUUUCCUUCUGA